GUACCGACCAUGUGGCAGCCAAAGGGAACCUGGAUCCUUGCACCGAUGAGGUGUGGGUCAGCUAGGGUGGUUACGAGAGAUCAGAGUCGUCCAGCCGGGGAGAGCCGGGGCAGUAGCAAUCGCGGGGAGGGCUGGUGUUUCCCCAGAGCCUCCUCCAGGGCUAGGAAGAUGCCACAGUGCCUGACUUCGGAAAGUGAGGAAGGGAGCCAAGAGGAGGAGGAAAGUAGUAGUUCUACAGACGAUCUAGAAGAGCUGAAAGAAUUUGUCACCCUGGCUUUUGUGAGAGAGAACACACAAAAGAGGCUUCAGAAUGCCCAGCAGCAUGGCAAGAAGAAGAGGAAGAGAAAAAGAUUGGUGAUCAAUCUAUCCAACUGCCGGUAUGACAGCGUGCGCAGGGCUGCCCAGCAGUAUGGCCUUCGAGAGGCCGGUGACAAUGAUGACUGGACUCUCUACUGGACCGACUACUCAGUGUCGCUGGAGCGCGUAAUGGAAAUGAAGAGUUACCAGAAAAUCAAUCAUUUUCCUGGCAUGAGUGAGAUCUGUCGCAAGGAUUUGCUGGCCCGGAAUAUGAGUCGUAUGCUAAAGCUAUUUCCCAAGGACUUCCAUUUCUUCCCUAGGACCUGGUGUCUUCCCGCUGACUGGGGAGAUUUGCAGACUUACAGCAGGUCAAGAAAAAAUAAAACAUACAUUUGCAAACCGGACUCGGGCUGCCAAGGGAGAGGCAUAUUCAUCACCCGGACGGUGAAAGAGAUCAAGCCCGGGGAGGAUAUGAUCUGUCAGCUUUAUAUUUCAAAGCCCUUUAUCAUCGACGGGUUCAAGUUUGACUUGCGGGUUUACGUGCUGGUGACCUCCUGUGACCCUCUCAGGGUGUUUGUGUACAAUGAAGGACUGGCUCGCUUUGCCACCACCUCUUACUCCCACCCCAGCACAGACAACCUGGAUGAGAUUUGCAUGCACCUGACGAACUAUUCCAUUAACAAGCACAGUUCCAACUUCGUUCAAGACGCUCAUUCUGGCAGCAAGAGGAAACUCUCCACCUUCAACUUGUACAUGAAGACCCACGGCUAUGAUGUAGAGCAGAUAUGGAGGGCCAUUGAGGAUGUCAUCAUCAAAACACUCAUCUCGGCUCACCCCAUCAUCAAGCACAACUACCACAGCUGCUUCCCUAGCCACACGGUCAACAGCGCCUGCUUCGAAAUCCUGGGCUUUGACAUCUUGUUGGACCGCAAACUCAAACCCUGGCUGCUGGAGGUCAACCAUUCUCCAAGCUUCUCCACUGACUCCAAGCUGGAUAAAGAGGUGAAAGACAGUCUUCUCUAUGACGUAUUGGUCCUCAUCAACCUGGGGAACUGUGACAAAAAGAAAGUCUUGGAGGAAGAGAGAGAGCGGGGACGGUUCCUGCAGCAGUGCCCUUCUCGGGAGAUCAGAAUGGAAGAGGUCAAGGGUUUCCAGGCAGUGCGGUUACAGAAAACCGAGGAAUAUGAAAAGAAAAACUGUGGCGGGUUCCGGCUCAUCUACCCGGGUCUGAAUUUGGAGAAGUACGAGAAGUUCUUCCAGGACAACAGCUCCCUCUUCCAGAAUACUGUUGCUUCCCGAGCCCGAGAACUGUAUGCCCGGCAACUGAUCCAGGAGCUGAGGCAGAAACAGGAAAAAAAAUCAUUCCUAAAGAAAGAGAAGAAGUCAGAGAUGCCGGGCGAGUCUGUGGGUGAGCAGGCAAGAGACAGGAUCCUGAAAACCAGGCAACAGAGACAGCAGCAGAAGUGCAAGACAGCCAUCCAUCCCCCCAAACAAAGCUACCACCCAGUGGCUUUAGUAUCCUGCACACCUGGCCUGUUCUUGAACAUCAGAGGCAUAAGGAAAACUGAAACUGCCAGUUGCCUCCACCAGAAGGACUCCAAGAAGGAGGCCACCCUCGCUCCCUGCAAGCCCAUGUCUGCGAGGCACUACAAUUCUGUCCCUGACCUGAGGAGUUCAAAUCCCAACUGCUCUGGGACAGAGCUCCUUAAAUGCAAUUCCACAAUUAAGGAAGUGAAGUCGGCCGUUUCAGUGAAUGUAGUUAGCAAUGGCCUGCCUUUAACACCUGUGGAAACUUCCCCAGAACCCAUAGCCCAGCUCUCAACCUCUCUCGAAUCCCUGGCCAGCCUGAGCUUGACCUCCAGUCCUGAGUGCAGCAGUUCGGAGAGUGGCCACUGGGCCUCCCGGGAGGACAGGAAGCAGAAGGCCCCCCAGAAGCCGGUCCAGGAGACAAAAUCCAAACCUCCUGUGUCUUCCAAACCCAGGGGUUUGGACAUGAGUUUGACCCUGAUCAAGAACGAAGUGAGGCGGCAGCACCUGAUGUCAGAGAUACUGCAGAAGGUUCAGAUGAAGAAGAAGCGCUCCUUGUUCCCGACCCCCAAGCCACAAAACCUGUCCUUGUCCAAGGAGUGGUGCUCCUACAGACACGGCUCUGGCAUGAAGAGAGAGAGGGACGUGUCCUCCGUCCUCCUCCUGCAGGGUUCUCACAGCCAUGCCAAAUCUCUGAAUGACCUUCUGGUAGUUGCCACUCAGGCCCGGCUGGACCCUCGGCCUAGCAGAAGCCAUUCAGGUACUACAAGGGACCCAGGUACGACCAAGGCCCCGGGCACACAGGACCCGAAGCACACUGCCACUGCCUGAUCUCUGGUCAGAAAGGACGUGAGAGCUUAGAAUCAGAGUGGGUCUUUGCUGUUUUUCCUUUCCUACCUCUUACUCCAGGAAAUGAUUUGUCUCCAGACAGUAUCUUCAGAAUGGACUGGAAGAUUCAUUCCCUCAUCUAGACAUUCUGGUCUGAUACACAUGUCUCACUGGCACCUUUGAGGACAGCGGCCUUUAGUGCAGUCCUGUCCAUCAGUUCACAGUGCUGCCUGUGGGACCAGGACUUCUAGGGAUCGAGUGCCGCUUCCCUAGACGCUUGCCUCAGCUGUGGAGCGCCUCUGGGUCCCUCACAUGAUGGCCACUGUCAUCCAGAACACUCCCCCAAGCUAAGUAGCUCGAGGGAGGAGUGAGGGGAGGACUCCCAGUCUCCAGGAGUCCAGAGCCCAUUCUACCCGCUGGCCCGUGUUAGUCUGCCCUUCCCUCUAAAGAAAAAGAAGGCAGAGCUAGAACCGAGAGUGGUGGAAUGUUCUGAGUCUUGAUGGGAAGAAUCAGAACAGUUGCAAAUGCACCAGCAGAAGCGGUUGUCUCCAUCCAGCCCGCCCAAAGGCCUGCCACCUCAGGCCCCAGGCUGCCUCUUGCUGCUACCUCCCCUUCAGUCUUGCUGGCAAAGACAGGUAAUGUGAGAGUUCCUAGCCUGCAGGGGAUCCUUCCAUUGACCUGCAGAAUUUAUAUAUCUUCCCUCAUAUUUACAUUAAUAAAAUAAAUUGCCAUGCUCGA